GCCAACUUGACAGACUGAAGGAGAUUCUUCUUUCUUCUGAAAAUCAAAUUCUAUAUUGUGUUUUGUUAACCUGAUGUAUUUUUGUGAAACAUGGAAAGUUUAAUAGUUUUGGAAAUGUUGAUAUCACAGACUUCUGAAUCAAGCUCUGCCAGCAGUUGUGAAUCUGACACUGAAGAUCUAUACAUUAUGAAUAAGAUAGAAAAUGAAAUCCAUCCAGUGUCCAGGUAUUAUGAGGAUGUAGUUCCAACAUUCUCUAUCGACGAAUUCAAGAGUCAUUUUAGAAUUUCUCGGGGAUCAGUAGAGCAAUUACUACAGAAUAUCAGAACUGGAUAUUUAAAAAGUGGACCAGGAAGAAGUCCUAUCCAUAUAGACAAUAUAUGACAAUCUGGACACCGAGUAAUCAAGAAUGCUUUCGUUAUAUAUCAGACCGAUUUGAGCUGAGAAGAGGAAAUGCUCAUACAAUUUUUCAAAAAAUGUGUGAAUUAUUAUGCAAAAACAUUAGGAAAUACAUUCAGUGGCCAACUGGUGGAAAUGCUUAUGCAAAUAUUCAGAGGUUCAAUAAUCUCAGAGGACAAGGAAGUUUUCCGCCUGUUGACAAUUCCUAUUAUGAUAGGAA